AUGUGCCGCGCCACCGGACGAGAUAACUCGUCCGACGACCGUUCACGUCGCGGUGGUUCAACAGCUGCUCAACUAGAUAGCGCUGGCCACCGCGAGAGUCCUCUCAUGGAGGUGGAGGAGGAGGAAAGACGCUCUCCACACGAUCAUGUGGAUCGGUGUGUACCCGAGAGCUUCUUUGAUCGCGUAACGCAAGGGUUACGCGACGAUCUCGAACAUGAGCGGAAUAGGCGUCUCCAAAUGGCGGACACUGCCUCGAAGCAUCGAGCUGAGUUUGCCUUUGCUCAGCUCGAGAACGAGAGAUCUCUGACUUCUCUUCGUGACGAGCUAAGGGUAGCUCGUGGGAUUGCUGAUCGAUCUCGGGAUGAGAUAGCUGCUCUUCAGACCCUUGUUGAUGCCCACCAUCGGGAGCACAAGACUCUCUGCGAGAUGCUUGAGCGCGAGGGCGUUCUUCAUCGGAAGAAGCAGCGUACUGAUGGUACGGCUUAA